GCUUCAGAGGCAGAACAAAUCACACUGCCUAGGCUCUGGUUCCACCACCUGAUGGGCCACCCAAAGCUGUCCAGGAUCAGCAAGGAUAGCACACUUCACCCUGUUCCUUGGAGGUCACAUUCAGAUCUUGUCUGCAAAUCUAAGCUCUGAAGUCUUCCGCCACACCUGGUUCGAGGUACAGAGUUGGAGGUUGGUGUUGGAAUUGAAUGUAACUGUGGGUCACAGAAAGGAGACAUCAAAGUUCAAGGAUGUGCGGCAGGUUCCUGAGACAGCUAUUGGCUCAGGAGAGCCAGCACUCCACCUCUGUGGGGCGCUUCCUUCUUCCCAUGCUCAUGGGAUUCCGUCUCCUGAUCUUGGUUUCCAGUGGAUCUGGGGUUUUUGGCGAUGAUGAGAACGAAUUCAUAUGUCAUUUAGGGCAGCCAGGCUGCAAGACCAUUUGCUAUGAUGUCUUCCGCCCUCUCUCUCCGUUGCGCUUCUGGGCCUUCCAAGUCAUUCUGAUGGCUGUACCCAGUGCCAUUUAUGUGGCUUUCGCUCUGUAUCAUGUGAUUGGAUACUGGGAGGUACCAGGAAAGGAAAACAAGGAGCAAGAGACCCGGAUUAGCAAAGGGGAUCAUAGCAAGGAUGUCUCAGGGGCUAAAAGCCUGAAGCUUCUCUGGGCCUAUGUGGCACACCUUGGGGUACGGCUGGUCCUUGAGGGAGCAGCUCUAGGCAUUCAGUACAAUCUAUAUGGCUUCAAGAUGUCCAGCACUUUUAUAUGUCGUGAGGAUCCUUGCAUUGGCAGCACAACUUGUUUCCAGUCUCACCCCUCUGAGAAGACCAUCUUCCUCAACAUCAUGUUUGGGAUCAGCGGGGCCUGUCUCUUAUUUAUUUUCUUGGAGCUUGCACUUUUGGGUUUAGGGAGGUUUUGGAGGAUGUACAAGUACAAACUUUCCUUCUUAAAGAACUUGCCAACUUCAGAGAGCUCUGUAAGACCCAAGGACACAACGGAUGAAUUGUCAGUGGUGGAGGCAAAAUAGUUAUUUUGAGACACAGAGUUGUAAAGUUGCCUGGAUUGCCUGCAGAAAACUCUGGGACUUGCUCUUCAAUACAUCCAGUGAGGUGGCCAGGGAGAAGAUACAGGGGGUAAAGGUGCUUGCAGUCAAGCCUCAUGAUCUGAGAUUGAUCUCCAGAACCCACAUGGAGAAGGGAGAAAACCAGCUCCCACAAGUUGCUCAUAUACAUGCCAUGGACAGAGCACACACACACAUGCACACAACAACAACAACAACAACAACAACAACAACAACAACAACAACAACAACAAUAAUAUCUCAGAAAACAAAACAAGACCUCCUGCAUCAAUUAAGUCUCACUUCUAAUUUUUCUCUCCUGUCUCUCCACUAAACAUAAGCAAAAACCAGGCUACUUUAUGUUUUAAUGGAUUAUCUAUCCUAUUCUGGGAUUUUAUAGAGAUGGAAUCAUACAGUAUGCUUAUUAAUCACUUGUAUAUCUUUGUAGAAAAGACCAAGUUUUUUUGCCAAUUAAAUUAGGUUAUUUAUUUUUGCCUUGUAUAAACUAUAUAUAAUUGUUAGAUA